GCCGAGGAUUUAGUGAAACGUGGCUUGCAGUGAGUGGCCUCACCGGCUAACAACUGCUAGGCUCGACCAGUCUAAGCUUCACUGCUGAAUUUUCCAGUAGAACCUUGUGGACUGGUAGUAAAAACCUAAGGCAGCUCGAUCGUCUCCAUUCAUCCAAACCAAACCGGCCCUUCUGUUAGCUGACUCAGAAUUCAAUGGCCGACGUUGGAACUGCCAAGCCCCCGUCCUUAUCCGAGCAAUAUCUAUUGAAGGGAAAGGAAGAUACAUCUGAAGUCAUAACAAAACCUGUGGAAGAAGCUGAAGUUAAAACUUCAGAAAAUAUUACUGUUGCAGAAGAAGUUGUCGAGAAAGCUGAGGAUACUCCUGUCGUUGAAAAUAGUGAAGUCCCUCCUACUGGUGCUGAUGGAAGCAGUGAAGCUUCUGAUACUGCUGCUGGAGAAAGCACUGAAGCCACUCCUGCUGCUGAGGCUGGCUCUGGAGAUGAUACACCUGCUAGUGAAAGUGCUGAAAGUGAGGUGGCAGGUGAUCAAGAAUCCAUUGAAGAUGCUCCACAUUUUACGCUUGAGACUGCACCUGCAGACUUCCGUUUCCCAACUACAAAUCAAACCAGGCAUUGCUUUACCCGAUAUAUUGAAUACCAUAGGUGCAUAGCAGCAAAGGGCGAAGGUGCCUCUGAGUGUCAGAAGUUUGCCAAAUAUUAUCGUUCACUUUGCCCAGGGGAAUGGAUUGAUAGAUGGAACGAGCAAAGGGAGAAUGGCACCUUUCCGGGUCCUUUGUAGAUGAUGCCAGCCAAUCGAAGAUGGUUCCUGGAGUUGACUUGCGAGAUGCCUGCUGUCUUUCCAUACGCAUAGAGAGAAUCCUUUUCAAUCAACCGAGAUAAUAAAAAUUUUGGCUUCUGUAUUCUAUAUUGGAGCUUGUUCAAGCACGAAACUUGUUGCUCCUCAACCAAUGAAUUUGUCGCUGAUGAAUGAUCAUACCUUUGAGUAGACCUCUCUUUGUUCCCUUUGUCAAGCUUGACAUUUGUAACAGUGAUGAAUCAUUGGGCGGAUGCCCGGUUAGAACUUCUUGCUGGGCAAACGAUUUUUUUACGUGUCACAGAAUAAAGCUUAUUAGAACUUGUGGAACUAUUUGGUAGUUACCAUUGCUAGAUUUUCUAGACCAGUGACAUGAGAAAGCAGACUGAUGCAUGAAUCUCAGUAGAUGUAUACAGAUUGCUUAUGGAGUUAUCGUCAA